CCGGCCGGGAGGCUUUGCCUGUCGUACGCGCAGCCGGGUUGUGGUAGCUUGCCACGUCUGAGAGCGGUCGGCUGGGGGAACAGAUCGCGGAGCUGGGCUAGUCCCGCGGGGAUUCUUCUGUCGUCGCCACCAUGGUGUCUGUAAUUAACACAGUGGACACUUCCCAUGAGGACAUGAUACAUGAUGCUCAGAUGGAUUACUAUGGCACACGAUUGGCAACCUGCUCUUCAGACAGAUCUGUGAAAAUAUUUGAUGUCCGGAAUGGAGGGCAAAUUCUCAUAGCUGACUUAAGAGGGCAUGAAGGCCCUGUGUGGCAGGUUGCCUGGGCUCAUCCCAUGUAUGGAAACAUCCUGGCUUCCUGUUCCUAUGACAGAAAGGUUAUUGUCUGGAAAGAAGAGAAUGGUACAUGGGAGAAGACAUAUGAAUAUACAGGGCAUGAUUCCUCAGUCAAUUCUGUAUGUUGGGCACCACAAGACUAUGGGUUGAUUCUGGCUUGUGGCAGCUCUGAUGGGGCUAUCUCUUUGUUGAACUAUACUGGUGAUGGACAGUGGGAAGUGAAAAAAAUCAGCAAUGCACAUACAAUUGGUUGCAAUGCGGUUAGCUGGGCACCUGCUGUUGUACCAGGAAGCCUUAUAGAUCAACCUUCAAACCAAAAACCAAACUACAUCAAACGAUUUGCAUCGGGUGGCUGUGAUAAUCUUAUCAAAAUCUGGAGAGAAGAAGAUGGCCAGUGGAAAGAAGAACAAAAACUGGAAGCUCACAGUGAUUGGGUCAGAGAUGUAGCCUGGGCUCCUUCAAUAGGUUUGCCAACAAGUACCAUUGCCAGCUGUUCACAGGAUGGCAGAGUGUUUAUCUGGAUGUGUGAUGAUGCCUCUGGAAACUCAUGGUCACCAAAAUUACUCCAUAAGUUCAGUGAUGUAGUCUGGCAUGUUAGCUGGUCCAUUACUGCAAAUAUUCUUGCUGUGUCUGGAGGAGAUAAUAAAGUAACGCUAUGGAAAGAAUCAGUAGAUGGACAGUGGGCAUGCAUUAGUGAUGUGAAUAAGGGCCAAGGAGCAGUAUCUGCCAUUACAGAAGGACAACAGAAUGAACAGUGAUACAUGUCAUUAAGAUUUUCAGUUUAAAGAAACAGACAUGAUUUUUUUCUAUUUUUCUUAGUAAUCCAGGUUUACUGAAUCUGGACCAUGUAAAAUUUAAUUUGUUAUGAAUAUUCUCUCGAUGAAUUAAUGUACUAUGGAAUGCCUUCACCAAUCUGGUAUUCAAUAGUUCGUUGGAUUAUAGCUUCCAUAAUUCCUUGAGGCACUGUCUGGGAAUUAUGAGAAGGGUGAACUAACACAUUUAGAAGGUACCAGAUUAGGGAAAGCCCCUGUAACAAUUUGCCUUAAUUGAUACUUUUAAAAUUCAAGGCAAAAUUGACAUGAAAAGGUACUGUUCCUUUUGGUGUGAUUUUUUUUUUAAAUACCAGUUUCAUCAUUUUAUUUGAAAAUUUUGGCAACCUUUCAGUGAGUACUUCUCUGUUAAAAGUCUAAGAGUUCCUCAGAGGACAUGUUUUAGUAAUUACAUUUUUAAAAUGUGACAUUUUCUGUUCCAUCAAGAACUACUUGAUAAUUUGAAUCUAAGAGGGAGAGAUGGGAGCUGAAAUUCAUGCACACUAUGAUCCAAUACAGAAUCAUCUUUGCUUUUGGUUUGCCUUCAUGUGUUUAACCGAAAAUGUAAAUUUGAUCUCUAAAAUACUGCAUACCUAAUAAACAUUUUGUUCUUCUUUUGGUUCAGAAAGAGAAUUAAAUAAAGGCCAAUUAAAAUUCAUUAAAUUGUUCAAAACAAACGAUGCUAUUUGGUAUAAUUUUUUGUACACCUUUUCCAGUAAGUUGUAAUAAAUUCAAAAGGUUGUUUAA